AUGUCCGGAGCAGGUAAUCGAGAACAGGUCUUUGCGACUCGUCAGUCGCUAGGAGUUAUGAAAGGGAAACUCAAGGGCGCUGAAAUCGGCCACUCCCUUCUCAAACGUAAAUCCGAAGCCCUCACUAAGCGUUUCCGCGAGAUCACGCGCCGCAUCGACGAAGCCAAACGUAAGAUGGGUCGCGUGAUGCAGAUUGCGGCAUUCUCUCUCGCAGAGGUCACAUAUGCCACUGGCGGCGGCAGUAACCUAGGGUACCAGGUACAGGAGUCAGUAAAGACAGCAAGAUUCAGGGUCAGGACGAAACAGGAGAACGUGUCUGGUGUGCUUCUGCCGGCAUUUGAGAGCUAUGUGGUCGAGGGCAACUCAGAUUUUGGGCUUACGGGUCUGGGCAGGGGCGGACAGCAGGUCCAGAAGUGCAGAGAGGUAUACGGGAAGGCUGUGGAAACUUUGGUAGAAUUGGCGAGCUUGCAGACUGCGUUUGUAAUCCUCGAUGAUGUGAUCAAGGUUGUGAACCGUCGUGUCAAUGCUAUCGAACAUGUUAUCAUCCCAAGGACGGAAAACACUAUCAAAUAUAUCAAUAGUGAGCUCGACGAGCUCGACCGUGAAGAGUUUUACCGCCUUAAGAAGGUCCAAGGCAAGAAGCACCGCGACCAGGAAGCUGCGGAUAAGGCCAUGAAAGAGAAAAAGCUACUUGGCGAAGAAAAGGACGAGGGGUCUAAUGCUGAGGGUAGUGGCGAUAUUUUGGGCCAGAACGAGGAUGAAGAUGUCAUUUUCUAA